AUGGAGGAACAAGAUAAUAAAAAAAAUAGAAAAUACAAUGAAGCGACCCUGCGAACCGCAGUCGAGAAUGUAUUAGAAAAAAAUAUGACUGUUUACCGCGCAUCUAAAGAAUUCGGUAUUCCAUGGACUACUCUCAAAGAUAAUGUUCUUCGUGCGAAAGAAGAAAAAGAUAAAGGAAUCAAAACUCAAUUUAUUAUGUCUAAAAUUGGAAGACCGUUUUCACUAACGGUUGAAAUAGAGCAAAAACUAGUUGCUUAUAUAAUUGAAAUGCAGGAGCUCGGGUUUGGCCUCACAGUGAAUCAAAUUCGAAAAAUUGCCUUUUCAUUGGCAGAGGCAAAUAAUCCUAAGCAUUGCUUUAGCUCAGACAAAGGAUUUGCUGGUUGGAACUGGUGGGUCAGUUUUAAACAACGUUAUGGCUUAUCUUUGCGAAUACCGGAGAAUUUGUCUGCUGGCCGAGCUAGUUGUUCAAAUCCUGUUAUCCUUGCUGACUUUUAUGAAAAGUUAGAGAAGACCCUGAUAGAGCACGAUUUGUUACAAUCCCCGGAUAGAAUAUGGAAUUGCGACGAGACAGGCUUAAUGUUCGUAAACAAACCUUUCAAAAUAGUAUCAAAGAUUGGCAAACAGUAUGUUUAUAACCGUACAUACGCUGAAAAAGGUACCACCACUACAGUACUAGCUGCCAUCAAUGCUUCUGGAUGUUUUCUUCCACCGAUGACGAUUUUCAAAGGGAUACGAAAUAUACCACAACUAAGUUCUGGUUCUCUUCCAAAUAGCUUGACACGACUUUCUCCAAAAGGUUGGAUCAAUGCAGAUCUGUUUUUGGAAUGGCUGGAGUUUUUCUCCAAAAACAUUCCUCCAGCAAGGCCAGUUUUGCUCAUAAUGGACUCACAUGCCAGCCACGUUUCCCCGAAUGUUUUAGCUUAUGCUCAAUCUAACAAUAUUAUAUUAUUCACAAUGCCAGCACACACAAGUCACAUCUUGCAGCCACUUGACGUCGGGGUCUUUCGGCCGCUAAAAGCAGCUUGGCGUGCUGAAUUACAAAAGCACAAAACGCAACAUCCAAGUUCAGUGCCGACACGUUUUGACUUUCAUAAAUUUUUGACUCCAGCGUAUGAAAGAAGUUUCACACCAUCAAACAUAAAAGCAGGGUUUGAAAAGACAGGUAUUUAUCCAUUAAACAGAACUACAGUGCGUCCAGAAGCAAUCGCGCCCAGCCGACUUACAGACAAACCUUUUCCCACGGAGCCAAUACAAAAAAUUCUGAUCGAAGAAGACCUUGAAGAUUCGAUCCCUAACACCAAAAUCGAAACAACUAACAGCGACCCCCUCAAUGAUUCGACAUCACAAGAACGAGAACAAGAAUUUACCACCAUAUGCAAUAUGGGCUCAUGCGUUACGAAGGCAGACUCAAACGUAGCAAAUUCUUCGCCUCCUAAACCAAAGAAAAUUGAAAUUCACGAUAUUUUGAUACUACCUAAAUGGAUACCUAAUGCGAAGAAGCAGGGUUCUAAAAGGACUGUUCCUAAAGCUAUAUGUUUAACACCUGUUCAGCCGUCAACUUCCAAACUGCAAACUAACCACACACCACAACAGCCAAAGCAAAAACCUACAAGAACAACAGUCAAGGGAAAAGGUAAAUCAGUUACUCAAAAGAAGCGCAAACUAUCACUGCCAGAAGACGACGAUUGGACAUGUCACACGUGUGAUGGACUGUACUCCAACGAUGUGUCCUCAGAAAACGGAGCUGAAUGGAUAACUUGUUCUUAUUGCACGUUACCCUAUCACGUGCAUUGCCAAAGUCAAGAUAUUAUACUAAAAGGAAGCCAACAACAAAUCUUCAUGUGUGACGCUUGCAGUGUGAUAGAUAGUGAUGAUGAUGAUCACUAG